AUGGGUGGGGGAGAGACGGACAGGAGGGACUGGGGAGGGAAUAGUGAACGUUUUCUCCUGAUUGCAGGCUGGAAGCGGAAGAAGCAGAUCAGUGAUGUGACUGACCACGCUAGUCUUUGGACACUCAACACAGGUCUUCAUGGUCUUGUAUCAGGAGGGGAAGGACCUCAAUGGUUGAGGGACUACCUGGUCAGCACUCCUUCCCAUUUCUCAUCACAGCACAAUUGUAAGCAAAAUUGUGUAGACUACAGCGACCAAAGUGAUAGCUUGGAAUCUGUCCCACCAACUCCAGCCUUUCCAGUGUCUCCUUCAACGCCUUAUGUGGAACACUUUUCAGAGUUUUCACAUAUCAGGUCUGGUGAUCAGAGGGCCCAACACAGCUGGACACAAGAGUCCUGGAGUUUCCUCGAUAGUGCAAACCAUACUGGUAGCUCUAUUGAUGGAGAGCUGUUCAGAUCAGACGUGUCUAUGAGCUCUGCUUCCUGUCCUCGGGUAUUUGGUUCCAUGUGUUCCAUGUCAUCAAGCAGCCCCCUCCCACACAGAGACAGCUGCACGCCGUCUCCUGUGUGGCAGCAGCCAACUUUGAACUCCUCACAGCCCUCAACUCCUAUCAAGCGCAGCACUCCUAAUGAUUCCCACAGUUCACCUUGGGGGCCUCCUGGUGUGCCUCCAGGGAUCCACAUGGAGACAGAUAGAACAGACUUGCCCUCCUUAUUGACGGUAAAUGGCAACCUAGAGCACAGCCUGCUGGAGGCAAUGGGGGACCUCAGGCUCCUGAACCUUGGUGGAGAUGGUGACCUCCCGCCACUGUUGCCUGAAAAGAGGAGAGUGGGUGAAGGUGGAGACCUUGGCUCCUGCUUGCCUUGUUUGAGCAGGUUUUCCAGUCCUCACAGUGAAAGCAGUCUCAGCCUUUCUUUCUCAUCACUGACCCCUGACCCUUUCAAAGAUUUAAGUGGGAGCACAUCACCUGGAGCAGAGUUUGGCAGUAAGCAGGACACUGUGAAGUUUGUUCAGGACACUUCCAAGUUCUGGUACAAGCCUGACAUUUCCAGAGAUCAAGCUAUUUCAGUGUUAAAGGAUAAAGAACCAGGCUCUUUUAUUGUCAGAGACAGCCAUUCAUUUCGCGGGGCUUAUGGAUUGGCUAUGAAAGUGGCCACUCCCCCUCCAUCUGUGCUGCAUCAAAGUAAAAAAGUCGGAGUUCCGUCCAAUGAGCUGGUGAGACAUUUCCUGAUAGAGUGCACACAGAAAGGAGUCCGUCUUAAAGGCUGCCCCGAUGAGCCAUUCUUUGGGAGCCUCACUGCUCUGGUGUGUCAGCACUCCAUCACACCUCUGGCUCUGCCCUGCAAACUCAUUCUGCCUAACAGAGACCCGUUUGAGGAUAUGAGUGACUCUCCUGCAAAGACAGCAACAAACUCAGCAGCUGAACUUCUAAAGCAAGGAGCAGCAUGUAAUGUGUGGUACCUUGGCUCUGUGGAAUUGGAGUCUUUAACGGGACACCAGGCAGUGCAGAAAGCUACCACGGUGACACUCAGCAUGGAUCCUCCAUCGGCCUCGACUGUUGUCCACUUUAAGGUGUCGGCGCAGGGCAUCACACUCACUGACAACCAGAGGAAGCUGUUUUUCAGAAGACACUAUGCAGUCAAUACAGUCAUUUUCUGUUCCUUGGACCCACAAGGCAGGAGAUGGACGAGAGGCAGUGGUUCUACUGCAAAGAUAUUUGGGUUCGUCGCACGGAAAUCGCAGAGUGAGACAGAAAAUAUUUGCCAUCUGUUCGCUGAACACGACCCGGAGCAGCCAGCGAGCGCUAUCGUCAACUUUGUCGCAAAGGUUAUGAUCGGGUCACACAAGAAGUGAGGAGCAAGCAUCGCAAACGUGUAAAGUAAAUGAAACGGACAGAUUCCCACGUCGCACAUUAUGAUGGUGGGAUGCACAAGUCAAAACCGGAACAAUAACACCAGCAGCUAACAAGAAUUUCAGAGCAGAACUCAAAACACUCCAGCAUAUCCUUAAUAUGCUAAUACUGAGUGUGCUGCAGGAUCUUGCCGUUAGAGAGAGCCAACGCUAUUGUGUAUGCUGCGAACUCAUCAUCGCUCAUCGUGAAACCGUGGCGCUGCUGGCAAAGGCUUGUUGGAUAGAUGGGGACAAUUUAGCACUGAAGAUCUAUGGUGGAAACAAUUUACAGUGCGUUACUUUUCUUGUUGACAGUCUCAGCGAGCAACAGUAACGAAUAACAUAAUUAGAUGAAAAACAUGUUUAUAAUUUGAUUGGUAAAAAGAUGUGUUUUCAGAUUUAAAAGGCUUAUUUAAUGCAGAAAAGAGAGCAACUGUAAAGACUGAUUUUUUUUUAACCUUGUAUGUCGGACAUGUUUUUCCUUUGUGUUUACUCUUUUAAAACUAUUUAUCUAAAUGUAUUAAAAUAGUUUUCCUCUGCUUUAUAUGUCACAAACUGUAUUUUUGUACAUAAACAUAUGCUGUACAUUAUGACAAAUAAUGUACCUCAGGAUUCGUGCUAUUAUGUUACAUGUUUUUAAUGUAAUCUGAUGUACUCUGUAGCUGAUUAAAAAUACAAUCUUUA